AUGGGUGGUGGUGAUCGAUUUCCCGAUCGGCCCUGCGUGUCGCCCCUCCUGCCCGACCCAUCGCUCAUUCAACCCUCUGCGAAGCGACGACAUCUUCGUGCAGUAGUCGAUCUGGGCAGUAACGGGAUACGAUGCUCCGUCUCCGACCUCUCCUCCCCGACCGCGCGCAUCCUGCCGACCGUCUACACGCGUCGGGUCAACAUUUCCCUCUACGACGCCCAGUUUGACGACGACACCGGCUGUCAAAUCCCCAUCCCCCACCAUGUCAUCAAAGCGGUAGUCGGUGCGAUCGUUCGGUUCCAGAUUACGUGUACCGAGAUCGGCGUUCCCCCGAAGAACAUGCGCAUCAUCGCGACCGAGGCCACCCGUACCGCACUCAAUGCAGAAGAGUUUGUGGAGGCCAUCCGACGCGCCACCAACGUUCCGGUUGAGACUCUGCGGAAAGAACAUGAGGGAACAAUCGGUGCGUGGGGGAUUGCCAGUAGCUUCUCGGACAUCGAAGGACUGGCCAUGGAUCUGGGGGGAGGGAGUAUGCAGAUGACCUGGAUCGUCUCGCAUGCCGGCAACGUACGCAUCAGCCCCAGGGGCUCGUUCAGUUUUCCCUACGGAGCAGCCGCCUUGACACAGAAACUCAGUCAGCUGCGGAAGGGGAAGAGUAAAGACGAGGCCCGUCGGGCGGAGGAGGCAUUCCGCCGCGAGAUGGACAGCCAUUUCCGCAUGGCCUUUGAGCAGCUCGAGAUUCCUGAUGCGCUGCUGGACAAAGCCCGGAAAGACGGGGGCUUCCCGCUCUACCUGUCGGGGGGCGGCUUUCGUGGUUGGGGAUAUCUCUUGCUUUACCUUCAUCAGGUUCGCGGCCAAUAUUAUCCCAUCUCCAUCAUCAACGGCUUCUCCGCUCCCAAGGAGGACUUUGAAAACACCAAAGUCCUCAAAAAGGUCGCUCGGACCGCUCGUGACAUCUUCCGCGUCUCCGAUCGCCGUCGGGAACAGGUUCCCUCGGUCGCAUUCCUGAUCAACGUCUUGGCCAAAGCGGUGCCAUACGGCAUCAAAGAAGCUCACUUCUGCCAGGGCGGCGUCCGCGAGGGUAUUCUCUUCCGGGACAUUCCUCCCUUCGUUCGACAGCAGGAUCCGCUCGAGGUGGCGACCACCACGUUUGCCCGUCCGUCCGCGCAGGCGAUCGCCUACCUGAUGUUUGGUGCCAUCCCCCGACGCACCGAAGAGAGGACCUUCCCCGCAUCGAUCCGCGGGAGCCUGAUCCAGGCUUUUGCCAAUGUGCUCUUCGUCCAUGCCAGCAUGUCCAAGGAGUUAUCCUCGACCGCCGCGCUAUACAGCACCAGCACCGGUCUCCUCUCGUCCACUCACGGCAUCCCCCAUGCCGACCGGGCGCGCCUGGCCUUGAUGCUGCAGGAGCGAUUUGGGGGGGAACUGCCCCCGCGCGAGGAAGAUUUCAAGUCUCGGCUGCGGGAGCUGCUGACAAGCGAGGAGGUCUGGUGGAUCCGAUACUUGGGGAAGCUGGGACUGGUGAUCGGCCGACUCUAUCCCAUUGGAUUAAUUGACCCGGCCCGACCGCGCAUCGUAACCGAGGCACGAUGGGCCAGCAAUCUGGGCAAACACGGGGAUAAGAAGGGCAUUGAACUGAAAAUCUUGGUGCAAAAGGUGGAGUUUGACCCCACUCAGUUGAAGUCAGAACUGGAGCGGGAUAUUCGCAAGAUCCACAAGGUAGGCAAGAGGAAGAAUUGGAUCGGGGGGAGAGAAGGCUGGGGGAUGAAAGUCAAAGUGGUUGUCGCCGAGGAGGAGAUGCUGUGA